CUUCCCGAGCCAGCGACGCCAGCCGCUGCUCGCUCUCGAUCCGUGUCGUCAGGUGAAGCAGCAGACUCAGAGUUCGUCGUGUCCGAAAUCCUUCCCGGCUUUCUGUUCCUUGGUCCCGACAUCGCCACAACAUCGGAAGCGGAGCACCUGGUCAGUGACCUCGGCGUCAGACGCAUUCUCAAUUGUGCUUUGGAGAUUGAGGAGGGGGGUGGCAAGCAUCUCGCUCUGAACGAAGGUCGUCUAGGUAUCGAGAAGUACCGCAAGAUCCCCUUGAAGGACACGGUCGAAGCAGAAGACGUUCAGAGUCACAUUGACGAAGCGUGCACGUUUCUCGACGAUGCAAGACUCUACGGUACCCCUACUUACGUUCACUGUAAAGCCGGAAAGAGUCGUUCAGUGCUGGUCGUCAUGGCAUAUCUGAUUCAUCACCUGGGCUGGCCCCUCUCUCAAGCGUACAGCCACGUCGUUGCACGGAGACGCACGGUUAGUCCCAACCUUGGCUUCGUUGCCGAGCUGAUGGCUUUCGAGAAACGU